GAAAUUGCUUUGGUGGGAUCCCACAGAUAAACUCAACACAACCAACAUCAGCAUGGAGCUGUACAACAUCUCACAGACCGUGAAAAAUGAGACACAUUUAAUAAUCCCAGAUGCAGCCCACUGCAUCAUCAUCAUUAUGUAUGCCUCAGCUACCUUUCUGUCAUUGAGUGGGAAUAUACUCGUUAUUUGGGUGCUGACUAUGGGCUGUAGAACCAGAACAGAUAUCACGGUGUUUCUCAUCAACCUCGCUGUGGCUGACCUGACUAUGGCCAUUUUUUGUAUACCCCUCACAUUUACAGAGGUGCUCCUUCAAAGGUGGCUCUUUGGAGAAUUUCUCUGCCCUCUGGUGCGUUUUGCUCAGAUUCUCUCUGUGUCUGUCAGUAUAUACACCCUCAUGAUCAUUGGAGUUGAUCGUUAUUACGCUGUUUGCCACCCUCUGAAAUCUCGCAUGGGUCGCUCCCGAACUAAGAUAUUAAUUGCUGUGAUUUGGAUGGUAUCAUUCAGCAUCGCAUCUGUGCAGUUACUUGUAUCCAGGGCCAAGUACAUGAAUCUGGAUAGUGAAGCUGAAAUGAUCUGUUUGGAAACUGGUUGGCCUAAUAAUACGUACCGGAAGGUCUACACACUCUUGCUGCUGCUUUUCACUUAUAUGCUGCCCUUACUUAUUCUCACCAUAACCUACUGGAAUGUCGCUAUGAGGCUGUGGGGUCGGAGACCACCUGGACACAUGGACAAAAACAGAGAAGCUCAGCAAGAUAAAUCAAAACGGAAGGUAAUCAAGAUGCUGUUUAUCAUCGUGGCUGUUUUCGCACUUUGCUGGCUGCCAUUUCAUAUCUUCAGUGUUACAUAUGAGUUCAGUCCAGCUGUACUACCAAAUGAUCCUAUGGAUAUCACUGCCCUUUACUUCUUCUCCCACUACCUGGCCAUGUCACAUAGCUUUUGGAACCCGCUGAUUUACGGAUUCUAUAAUGACAAUUUCAGGGCUGACCUGCAACGAUUGUGCAUUCGUUUCAAUCCAUCCCGGUGCUGCCUUCACAUCUAUGGAGAUAAUCUCUCAACCUACAGUGAUUCUGAUAUCUUUAGAAGAGAGAACACUGUCAGUCUGCGCUUGAGUUCAAUGGAAAGUUGUAGAUCCCUUGUCUCCAGGAAACAAUCUGUUGGUGCCAAUCCCCAAACAGGCCAAAUCCAUAGCACGUAAUACAAAAGGAUCCUUAUGCAUUGUAAUAAAUUUGAAGUUUGGUUUGCAUGUAGUCAAAGGAAAUACAUCUUGUCAAAUAGGAUGGGAGAAACGCAAUUUAGAAUGUA